AUGGCGCCGCCUAGUGACACUAUCAAAACCAAUUUCGAUGCUUCUCUUCGUUCGGCGGAAUCUAAGUGUAGUUUGGGAGGCCUUGCUAGAACUUCUAAUGGUAAGUGUGUUGUUUGGUUUUCUUAUUGCCUCAAACAAAAUCUUGAUCCCGUUGUUGCCGAGGCUAUGGCAGCUCUUAAGGCCGUGAAAUUUGCACUGGCUCGUCAAUUUUUCCGAAUCGUACUUGAAGGAGAUUCAAGCACUUUAGUUGCAGCCAUUCGAUGCAAGGAAGGGUUACGCACCAGCUACGGAAAUCUUAUAGCUGACAUUAAAAGGUUAGCUACUCAUUUCGAAGAAUUUGAAGUUUGCUAUGUUAAAAGGGAUGGUAAUCGUGCCGCUCAUGAGAUCGCUAGAUUAUCAUCUAUGUCUACUUUCUCAGCAAAUGUUCUUCCUGCUGCUAUUUCGGAUAUUGUAAUGUCUGAUUCUCAAUAA